AGCCGUUUGUCGGCCGAGGGGCCGGGCGCGCGGAGAAGCUCCCGUCGCGCGCGCGCGCGGCCGUCGCUCCCCCCCUUUGGUGUCGGGCGCUGGCGGACAUGGUUGCCAUGAAGGCCAAGAAGUCUGCGAGUCGCACGGCGAAGGACGCCAAGGGCGUGGUCAAGAGCGCCGCUCCUGCGCAGAAGAUCCGCAUCGGCGUGCUCGUCGGGAAGGACUUCGACCCGGUGAAGAAAGGCACCCAGUGGCCGGAGUAUCCGCAGAAGUACGUCCUCACGAACGACGACUGGGGCAAGUACUCGGUUGACGUGGCCACGGCCCUGAAGAUGCAGCAGGACUCCAUCCCGACAUCCUCGAGAUCGACAUCAUUCCCGGCAUGGAGAUCAAGGAUGGGCCCGCCUGAAGAAGAACCACGUCAACCUCAACUUCUGGUACGACGUCGGCGUGGCCAUCAUGAGCGGGAAAGGACAUCGCAAAGCGCACGUCGACGACGUCAUGAGGUGCCACAAGAACCCGGAGAGUGCCGCCUCGACCCCAGCUGGGACUACUACGACUGGGUGCUGUGCAAGCCCCGGUACAUGGAGCAGUGCCGGAAGGCGGGUAUCCCCAUGAUCCCCACCGUCGUGUACACAGACGGCUUCGAUCCGAAGCAGUGUCUGAAGGACCCUCGGGAGACGUGCAGAAGAAGGGCUGGGACAAGUUCUUCUGCAAGGUGGGCCACUUCUCCUUCUUCGGCGAGGGGGCCAUCAACGGCAAGACCGCCGACUUCCUCGGAGACCGCUUCAAGGACCUCGAGGCUUACGCGAAGGCGAACAAAACAUCCAAGACCUUCCUGCUCCAGCCGUACACGCUGAAGCCCAACGGUGAGGUCUUCGAUGAGGU